AUGACUUCGGGACUCCGUGCGCUUUACCCGGAUACUCUCCUACGAAUAGCCAUCACGCUUCCUGGCAUUCUGCAUGUCGAGAAAUCACCAGCCCAAAUUGAUGUUCAAAAUGCAUUGAACAGUUUCAAGGUCAAUUCUCUGGGACCGAUGCUCCUGAUGAAACAUUUAUCUCGAUUUCUACCAAGUAAAUCAUCGCCAUCUUUUCAGGACAUCCAGUCACCUUCCGAAGUAGAUAGCUCGCCAUGGCAUCUACCAUCACAUGCAGUCUACGCAAUGAUGGCAGCCCGAGUCGGAUCCAUCUCGGAUAAUGCCUCCGGUGGUUGGUACUCCUACCGUGCGAGUAAAGCAUCGGUUCUCCAGUUAGCAAAGACAUUCGACCUAUAUCUGCAAUCUCGGGGCAAAGAGCGAGCUAUAGCGAUUGCGAUGCAUCCAGGAACCGUUCAGACAGACUUCACCCAUGACUACUGGAAUGGUAGAGCGAUGCUGCAGCCUGAGGAGUCCGCCGCAUCGUUGUUAAAAGUCCUAUGUGGAAUGAAAAACGGCGCGAACGAGGGGCGUGGUAAGUGUUGGGACUGGAAAGGGCAAGAGGUCGUGCCUUGA